GGGGUAAAUUCCUUAUUUGGCACAAGUGGUGUUUUUAGCGACACCGAGAAUCAGCUUGCCCGGGCCGCAAACGGCACCAGCAGCCUCAACCAGCCUGUGCGCUGGCACGAUGGUCCCUCCGCAUCCCCUCUUGGGUCGGGCAGCGUUUUUAUGCUCGGAGGCGUCGCUCAAGGCAUGCCACCAAAAUCCGGUCUUUUUGCAGUCGCCGCGGCCGACGUAAUGCGCCCUCACGGAUGGAAGUGAACGUCGGAGGGGCCUCGCCUCAUGCCCGCGGCGACCUCGACGACUUGGUUACGUCGCUGAUGCAUGACGGCACGCAGUGGGCAGCCCCUCGCACGGCUCGGCGCGCGGUCGUCGGACUUGGAGUAGCCAGACGCCCUGCUUGGUUUCGUCACGCUGCUCCCAUCGUAACGCGGGGAGGCCAUGCGUUUACGGAAGCCGGAAGAGUACACGGAUCGUGGCGGGCGCCGCGCGGCGACGAUUGGCGGCCGCGUCACCCCGUCGCUCGUGAGUGGAACGCCACCCCCGUCGAUUCCGUGCGGCGUCUCGUUCGACCUCACGCGCCCAUCGUUAUCCCGGCGCUGCGCCUCGUUCGCGUCCCGGCGCGUCCGCGUCGGGAUGCGUCGGGCCCCUUGCAGCUGUCCGCCAGUGUGUGUGUUAAUAUGCCU